UCUCUUAACCCGAAAUUGAAAAUUAGAUAAAGCAGAAGCAACGAAAGAAAGAAAGAGGAACACGAUAGCAGAAGAGAAUGAAGCAGUCGAAUAUUGAGCACGAGGAAGACGAAGGAGAAGAACCCCCGGUUGCUGUUCUGAUUCACCCAGAAGAAUACGAACCCUUUUUUGAGAAACCCUCCGUUGGGGUCACUCUCAUCACCGGCUAUCUCGGUGCUGGCAAGUCCACCCUGGUGAAUCACAUUUUGAAUUCCCAGCAUGGGAAGAGGAUUGCUGUCAUAUUGAAUGAAUUUGGUGAGGAAAUCGGAGUGGAGAGAGCCAUGAUUAAUGAAGGGGACGGUGGCGCGCUUGUUGAAGAAUGGGUCGAGCUUGCCAAUGGGUGUAUAUGUUGCACGGUCAAGCACAGUUUGGUUCAAGCCUUAGAGCAGCUCGUGCAGAGAAAGGAAAGGCUUGACCAUAUAUUACUAGAAACGACUGGAUUGGCAAACCCAGCACCAUUGGCAUCUGUUCUUUGGUUGGAUGAACAAUUAGAAGCAGCAGUGAAGCUUGAUUCCAUUGUCACUGUUGUGGAUGCAAAAAAUCUUCGAUUUCAACUUACUGAGCAUCGCAGUUCAUCUUCGUUCCCCGAAGCUUAUUUUCAGAUAGCAUUUGCGGAUGCUAUAAUUCUUAACAAAGUUGAUUUGGUAUCUGCAGAGGGCUCUGAAGCUCUGCAGGAACUCGAGGAGGAAUUACAUAAUAUUAACUCCCUUGCAGAGAUUAUUCAUUCCGUCCGAUGUCAAGUUGAAUUGUCUAAGAUAUUGAACCGUGAAGCUUAUGAUACUGCACGGGCCAUGCAUUUAGAGACAUUGUUAGAAGAAAAUCGUUCUUUGUCUACUAAAAAGCUUCAUGAUAGUGGCAUUAGAACCAUUUGUAUUUAUGAGAAACAGGCAAUUCAUCUUGACAAGACUCGUAUAUGGCUUGAGGAGAUACUCUGGGAGAAGAAAUAUGACAUGGAUGUCUAUCGAUGCAAAGGAGUGUUAAGUGUCCGAAACUCUGAUCAGCUGCAUACUUUGCAGGCUGUGAGGGAGCUGUACGAUAUCGUUCCUGCACGCAAGUGGGAGAAGGAAGAAAUCCCGAUGAACAAGAUUGUCUUUAUAGGUCAUAAUCUGAAAGAAGAUAUUCUAAUAAAUUCCUUGAAGGCUUGUGCAACCUAAUAAGCUAGGUGUGUUUAUUUGAAGAUAAAAUCGAAGGAAGCGAGAAAAAUUGGAAGGAAAAUAACUACUUUCCAUUGUUUGGUUGAAGUGGAAAAUCCAAAGGGAAGAUCCAUUGUUUGGUUGAAGUGGAAAAUCAAAAGGGAAGAAAUGAAUAGUGUAAAAAGGUGGGGGUGGGACUCGCUAGAUAUUUUUCCCUCCAACGUUAGAUGUAAAAUGGAAGGAAAAUGUAUCACGGGAUUAUAUUUCAAUAUAACCCUCUUCUUUUUUAAUAUACUUUAUCUAUACUAAUAUAUAAAGUCAAGUGUCCAAUUUUAGUA